AUGUACGAGAGUCCCGCUGCAAGACAAAGCUGGGAAGGAGGAUGUCGUCAACGUUUCAAACUUUUAAACAGAAGACAACACCGCAAAGAUCGCUCAGGCAUGUCCUCCUUCCUUGAGGUCGCAACUUCAACUCCCUUCAAUUACGAGGAUGCUAAGCGUUACACGAAAAGCUUUGAGAUGACUGCCUUUGUCAUUUCAAUGGUUUAUGUGGUGACCAUAUUCAGUAUCAAGGCAAUUAUGAAAAACUUCAAGCCAUUCCAGCUUAAAGGUCCACUGGAGUUUUGGAAUGCUUGGCUAGCAAUAUUUAGUACGCUUGGUAGCGUAGCGACUGGCUAUGGCCUAUUCCAUGAGAUAUACCACAGGGGAGUAGUGUCUUCCUAUACACAAAUGGGAGAUUUCUUCACGGGUGUCAGUGGGUACUUCUUAUUCCUGUUCGUCAUGAGCAAAGUAGCUGAGCUGGGUGAUACGAUUAUGAUCGUAUUACGCAAAAAGCCGCUGAUUUUCUUGCACUGGUAUCACCAUGUGUUGACCUUAAACUACGCUUUUAUGUCAUACUCGGUGGACACUGCUUAUAAUAGCUGGAUAGCAUGGAUGAACUUUACCGUUCACGCCAUUAUGUAUGGUUAUUACAUGUUGCGAUCAUAUGGUGUAAGAGUACCAGCCUGGGUCGCACGAAACAUCACAACCAUGCAGAUUUUGCAAUUCAUCAUCACGCAUUUCAUUCUGUUCCAUGUCGGCUAUCUAUCAAGUCAGGGUGUAAAAGUCGAUAGCACACCAAAAGUUUUCUGGUUUUGCCUUAUCAUGGAGAUGUCGUACGUGGUCUUGUUUGGAAACUUUUAUUUCCAAUCUUACGUGAAGGGAGGAGGAAAGAAGUUUAUUGCAGAGAAGGAGAAAAAACAGGAAUAAAAGUGCCAUAAUAACAUUGUGUGAAGUACAUCAAGCAUACCAAAUAAGAAGAAAAAGCUGAAAUAAAAGUUGCGUUUUU